AAACGCGGGUGCCGGUAGCGCCAGGGCUGGUGCUUCAAGGACUGGCGCAAGUCGGGCACGUGGUGUACCUCCCGGUGAUGCGACCCACGGGUCAGUCGUUUGGCGGCGACCCGGGCCUGCGUGCCACUGUGGCGCUGAGCCAGCAGGGCUUGUCAGGCCCGGUUUACAAUGGCAGUUGGUCUUCCAGCAAUCGGUCUUACGUGAUCUACUUCCAGGCGCCCUCAGUGGGGAUGUACGAUGUGGCUGUGUCGCUGCAGCACCCGGUGGAACAACUCACCCAGGCCACCAUUCUCAUGCGUCUUGACGCCUCCCAGCCGCCGCUCGCCGUCAACGGAAGCCUUGACCUGGCCACAUCUUACACCCGCGUGGGCGACUGGGCCUACCUCACAGCCACCCUGCUUGACGUGGCCGGACAGCCGGCGCCGUCCACAGUCGGGGUCUCACUCACCGCGUUCGGUGCCUACAGCGGCGCAGCAGAUCUGCAGCUCGCACCCGCAGCUGAGGGUGUGCGGCUGUGGCGCGCACGGUAUAACUUGACAAUGCAGGAAUCCGUGACGUUUACACUGCUAGUCGCCGGCAACGUGGUUGACAGUAAGCCCCUCGAGGUGCUAGGCGUCGCACCGGAGUUUCUGGACAUUCCAAGCUCUCUCGCCGCCGCUCGCCUGUACAACGUGUUGGGUGGCACCACUGCAACCACCACUGCAACCGCAACCAGCGGGGCUAACACCACAACAAACACAUCCUCCUCCUCCUCCUCGAGUACCGCAGUUUCAUCCGCCGCUGUCUCCCCGGACUCGGCCCUCAUGGUCCCGGUGGCGCAGCAAGUGACGCUGGAGGUACCCGUGUUCACCAAGGCAGGUGCCAAGUGGCUGAGUGACCCGGGCCUCAGCGUCGUGCUGUCGCUGGUGCCGUCGGCGAUUGAAGAGGACAUUAGCAGCGAGUACGCGGCUGCAUUGCAGACCACCGUCCGUCGGCUGCUGCGCGCCACAGGUCAUGGAGGCGGCGGGUAUGGCGAUGUGGGUAGCAGUGGUCUUGUGGGUGGCAGCGAGGGUGAGGAUGAUGAGGAGGAACCGGG